AUGAAGUGGAAUCGGAGUCCGAGCAAAAAGUUACUACGCAUACGAGUGACUUCUCAUGAAUCUGAAUUGGAAUUCAACAUUUCGCCAAAGAGCACGGGAAAGUAUUUGUUCGACUUGGUUUGUAGCACCAUCGGUCUUAGAGAGACUUGGUACUUCGGUUUGCAAAGCUAUUCCUUAUUACCAAACGGACGGAUGCGCCUAUCACAAUGGUUGAAGCUGGACAAAAAAAUAGUUUCACAGAAGUCCAAUGCGGGCCAAAAGCAGUUGUGUUUUUACUUUCACCCAAAAUUUUUUCCUGAAGAUAUUGAACAAGAACUUAUUCAGGCAACCACUCGGCACUUAUUUUACCUGAGUGUGAAGGCCACCAUAUUGAAUCGUCAGGAAACACAUGUCAAUGGCAGUACACAAGGUGAUCUUUGUCCAAACGUGGAUGUGGCCAUUCUUCUAGCCUCUUUAGCAGCUCAGGCAGAAUAUGGUGACCUCUGCGAGGACGAUCUAGACGGUAAAGACGAUCCGAAUUUUCUUCCCAAUCGUCUAUUGAGAUUAAUUCCAAGGCAGUUGAUACCGGUUAUUCAGUCGGAUCAAGCUUUGGCCCAGAAGCUGAGAGAAUGUUACAAAUCCUACAAAGGAAUCAAUCGAGACAGAGCAGAGCUGCAAUAUUUGAAGGUAGCUCAGAUGCAUCACCUUUUUGGAGUGGAUUACUUUCCAAUCGUUUGUGUCCGUAUGAAGUAUCCGCGUACCAUAACUCUGUCACGUUAUCUUACUCGAAGCCAACUGACUCCUUGGCAUGUUUGGGACAAGCACCACACCAACGCAUGGCUUGGUGUUACUGCUGCCGGAAUUCAACUCUAUGGGCGAAACAGACAGGAACAGCCUCGUUAUACCUUCCAGUGGAACAUCAUCAAAAACGUUUCGUAUCGUGAGCGCAAGUUCACUAUCAAGCUCAUUGCUAACUGGCGUUGCUGCAACAAGAGCAGUAUGACGCCCUCCUCGAUCACAGCGGGCGCUUCUGCUCAUCCAGUCACUUCCAUGGAGAGUGGUACUGUUCCUCAGCCAGUUUCUCAACGUCCUCGACAGUCCAAUCGGAGCGCAAUUGGUCGCAGUCCUGUGCUUAGUUCCACUGGUCCACUACUUUUGGCAGACGUCCCUUUGGGUUCCACUGCAUGCGGCAGCGGGGCUUCUGCGGCCAGUCUUCCCAGCACUCCUUUAUCGGUACGACAAACUUUACGUCCAACCGCAUCAUCUAGUGCUGGAUCCGCCGCAGCAGCCUCAGGUACCACCUUAGCUUCAUCCCGCGUUGCUCAGGAGAGCAUUUAUGAACGCGCUGGGCCUCAGAUCACCCACUCUUCCACGGUCACCAAGACUGGGCGCAUAUUCGAUUUUGAGCUCGGUUGCGUGCCUAGCUUGACCCCGAUCUCGUCACGAUGCUCUGCUGGCGAGUUGCCACUCUUGGGGGCCGGGAGUUGUCUGAUCGCCCAGCACACCAGCACGAAUGACAGCAGUGGAGCCACAUCUUCCACUUCAUCCAAAAGUUCUUUUGUCCAUUUACAUCGCCCUACGACCAACUCUGUGGUCAGUGUGGUCGAAGUGUGGUUGGCCGAUCCAACUCAAGCCAAAACGGUCAUGUCCAUGUGUGCCGGCAAUCAUGCAUUGUUUAUGCGCCGCCGUCAGCCUGACAGUGUGGAGGUUCAACAAAUGAGGGCCCAAGCCCGUGAAGAAAGAGCAAGGCGGGAGAUCGAGCGGAGCCGACUUGCUCGAGCCCGUGCUGAAAAGGCAGAAGCCUUAGAGGCGAAGUGGGCUCUGGAAUCCCGGUGUGCCCAACUGGAGCAAGCGUUACGGCGUCACCAGAGUUUAAAACUCGCAUAUUUAUCACCUGAGUGGCUGGCUCCUGAUGGUCGUCGUCCGAUGCUCAGGCACUUGCCGGAUGAGUCAGAAACUGAACCCCCAAUGCGAAAGACUUAUCAACAUCUCAAUUCUUCGACUGCCCAUAUGUUUAGUUCCAAUCGGUCCGAUGAUGGUGUGCGCCUCUCUUUCACUGCACCUGGUAACGAUGAGGACGAGCCUGAGCAGGCUGAAAACGAAUUAAGCAGCAUCCACCGCAAAGUCAGCACUGACAAUGUCGACACCGAACACUCCGACAUUCGAUUCAACGAAUCAACGUUUUAUCCAACUGAGGAACUAUCGGAGAGCAAGGUCCUGAACUCUGAGGACCGUUUGUGGAACGAGAUGCACCCUCGUCGUUUCCCUCGCCAUUCCUCCGGCUUCCACGAUCACUCACGUGGGAUCCCUGACCGCCCCUAUGCUGGUUCCUCCUCCACACCCGCCACUCCACACAGCAAGCGUGAUGGCAGUCGCCAUGAUCCACAGUCAGGUGUUCACCCUACACACACGCCCCGAGCCCCACCUCGAUCGCAGUCUCAUCAAGGACACUCUCACACUCGGCACAUAGAUCCCGCUACAUCCGUUGCACACUCGAGACUUCACUGCUCUGCUUGUAUGUACGCUAAACCUCAAUCGUUCCCGGGCAGUGAUUUCUUCCACGCUUGUUUUCCUCCAGUCUGUGAUGACGGCGCUCCAUUCCAUCCGCCAGAGCCUUGUCCUGUUUGUCGGCACAUUCCUGAGCAUCGUCACGCUAUGGGGUUCAAAACCCCUUACCCCAGGCACUUUCACCCCGUUAUUCCGGGGAGUUUACCUGCGCUUCAUCAACCUUAUGGUGUCUACGACGAUGCGGCUUGGCAUCCCGCUGUCCAUCCAUGCGGUGACCCCAGCUGCAGUGGAUCCACUCUUCAGGCAUCCGGACUCGUGGUAUUCGCAAAACGCAUUGAGAUAUCCCUCCGGCAUGCGGCCACAAUGCAACCGGCAGCAUAUGAGUUCAUCGCUCUCAGCUAUUUUGUCUCCAACCGCCUGCCACCGUUGGCAUCACUCGCAUCCAAAGAAGGAGGUUCCUUUUGUUAA